AAAAAGGUAAAAUUGGGUCUCUGGCUUUUCCUCAAUAUUUCAAUAGGUCCUCUCUCUCUCUCUCUCUUCUCUCUUCUCUCUAUAGGGCCAUUGUCGUCUCUCGUGGUCGUGGGUUCCCACUAGCAGCUUUCUUGUCUUCCUCCAUUGGUUUCUCUCCCCUUCUCUUUUCCUUCAAUCAACCAAAACAGAGGUUUUUUGCUCUUUCUCUAUUGUUUCACUCUUUAGGUCCAAAGUUUUCAUUUUUUUUUUCUUCUUCUUUCGUAUUCUGUGAAUCGUUUUCUUUUGUUGGGAGUAGUAAAGUUUCAGUUUUUUUUCUUUCGUCUUAGUUCAAGAUUUUGGGUUAAAGAAAGCCAUAGAGAUAGAGGGAGAGAGAGAAAGAUUGAAACUUUCAUGUGAAUUUUAGGGUUUGUGAAUUGGGGGAAAAGCAAUCAGAUGGCUCAACAGAGACAGUUUCAGAUGGAAGGUAAUCAUAAUAAUAGUAGCGGUACGAACGAUACCAAGUUGACGAAAAUCUUCGUGGGAGGAUUAGCCUGGGAGACGCAGAGAGAUACAAUGAGGCGUUACUUUGAACAGUUUGGUGACAUUGUUGAAGCUGUUGUCAUUACUGACAAGAACACUGGAAGAUCCAAAGGAUAUGGAUUUGUGACGUUUAAGGAAGCUGAAGCAGCCAUGAGAGCUUGUCAGAAUAUGAAUCCUAUGAUUGAUAAAAGAAGAGCUAAUUGCAACCUCGCUUGUCUUGGUGCUCAGAAACCGCGUCCUCCUACUUCUCCUAGACAUGGUUUUUUUUUUUUUCAACAACAACAACACACUGGUCAAUUCCCAUUUCCUUACCCAACUGCUUACGGAUUUGCUGGUUAUUCUCAAGAGGGAAUGUACCCAAUGAACUACUACAAUCAUCAUCUCUAUGGAGGACAGCAGUUUUCACCAUAUGUGGGACAUCCAUCAUCAGGAUCAACAGGAAUGUACCAUGGCUAUUAUCCAUUCUAUGCUCAAUACAACGCAGCACAAAGUAGCAAUCAAGCUCAAGCUCAAGCUCAACAUCAUCAAGGUUUCAGCUGUCAAUACACUGCUCCACCUCCUCCUCUGCUGCAAUAUCCUUACUUGCCUCACCAGCAACACUUUAGUUCUCAGCAGCAAUUCAGCUCUCAGCAGCAGCCUCCGCCUCCAGUCCUCUCCCUCCCAACCUCUCUAGCUCUAUCAUUGCCAUCAUCUUCAUCACCAUCCUCUACAACUUCCACCUCAGCUGCAACGACAGCAGCAUCAAAAACAGUAGUUAUUACUACAGCGACAAAGAAUGCAGCAGCAGCAGCUGAAACAAGCAGCACCAAAGAUGGCCAUGAAGCAGUAACAACAUCAACCAUCAAGAUAGAAGAUUGAUUCAGUACUACUACUACAAUAGCCAGAGCAAGGGACAAACUUCAGUGUACACUAACUCAUCAUCAAUCUCUCCAACAACGUUCUAGAAACACUCAUUCAUUGGUCUUAGGAGUCUAGAAUCUUAAUUAGUACUACUUAGGAGGAGGAAGGAAGAAGAAGAAGGAAACAAUCAUAUCACAUUCUUUGUUUUUUUUUUUUGGUUAUUUCAAGAUUCAUAUUGCAUUUUAGGUUAAAGAAUCAAGAGAAGGCAUUGGUUGCUUUUUUUUAGAUUCUUAGAAGAAGAAGAAGCAGAAGAAAAAAAACAUGGAUGGAUGCAGAAAGCAUCAUCAUCAGAUUAUUACAUUCAUUUGGGGAUUUAUUUUUCAGGUUCAGAAGAAAUGUUUUAUGUCUUCUUUUGAACCCAAACUGGAUUUUUAAGCUUCGGAUAAGCUUGAAAUCCCUUUUUCUUUUCUUUUUCUUUUCACAUAUGUAAUUCUUGAAAUUGUUAUAAUUCAAUCACAUUGCCUCUUCUUACCUA